AGAGGGGGUUGGGACCAGACCAUUCCGGAAGGAAGUGGUUCCGGGUCUCGGGCCCGCGGGGAGAGCUGGGUGCUCGUUGGAGUAGGAGGCGGGAGCUGAGCGAGGGGCGAGGCCGUGAGAGAUCAGUAGCGGCUGUGGUGUCGGAGGCUCUGGCGACAGCGACGACUUCUCUGAGAGUGUAAAAAGUGGAUCAGGUGACUCAUAUGCUAAAGGAUGGCACGAUCUCGGUCAAGAUCCAGAUCCCCCAGGUGGAAAGAAAGGUCAUUAUCACCACAAUCUAGAAAUUUUGAAUACCAUGAUGAAAGACAUUUCCAUGGGCACUAUGACCCUGAAUAUAGGAAUGAUCCACAAAGAUCCUUUACUUGGAGAAUGGAUGAUGAAAAACAUGGACAAAAUAAACCAAGGAUUUCCUCUCGUGUGAAUUCGUAUUAUCGGCCUUAUGAAAAUCGAUCACCUUCCCCAAAUGUAAAACCUGUUGAAAAAUUCGAUCCAUAUAAGCUUCAUCAAGAAUAUUUUCCUGGAAGAGGAGAUGAUGAGAGAAGAUCUCAGUAUAUGCCCACAUACACAGAAAGUGCAGCAACCUACAUGGAGCAUGAAAGGGAAUGUUAUAUCCCUACAGUGCAAGGAAGGUAUACUCCUGAUGAGCACAGAGGUAGAGGAAGUGGGAGAGGAGAGAAGCCACCUCAGCUGUCACUGGCAGAUUCCUUGAGAUUUAAAGAGAAAUGGCAUGAAGAUGAAUUGAGACACCAAAGGGUACAAGAAGAAAGCUACCCUCAGUCACCCAGAAGAGGCUCAGAAGACUUUGAUGCAAGGAACCCUUUUCAGAAGAGGUAUCCUGAGGAUCAUGAUUUCAGAAAGUAUGGCUACACAUCAAAAAGACCUACAGAUUCAGCAAGGUAUGAAAAUAGAGAAUCAGCCAGAAUUCCAAAGUGGAAGCCUGAGCAUUCUUUUCUACCUUUCCAAGAGAAGGAAGAAGAGUGGAGCUUUGGAGCCCAAAGUCACAGAUAUGCUGAGAGAGAAUACCCAGAGAGAAGUUCAACAACCAAAGUAUCCUUUGACUACCGUCACAAACAUCAUAAGCUCUCAGAUAGUGAGCAGGACUUUCCUGAUGGGAGAUUUCAGAAGUACUUGAAGGAAGAAGACAGAAAAUACAGUUCUGUAAAAGUUCCUGGAAAUAGAGAGUCAGAUUGUUUCAGUACUACAAGAGGAAGAGAAAUUGAGAAUGAGCAAAUCAGUGAACCUUUUCAUUUCUACAAGAAAGACUGUGUUUCCUAUACGCAUACAAAUAUAAACGAGGAUGAUUUGGGGCCUGCCAGUGACAAAUGGAAGAAAAAAAUUAAUAAAGAAGAUUGCAGAAAAGAGAAUGCAUCUUCUAGUAAACAACUUGAUACAAGCCCAAAACCUGAAGAGAAAUGCUAUUCACUUUUCAAGAAGACAUCAUUUACUAUCAAUGUAGACAGGAACAAGAUGGACACAUUUAGGUCUACUUCUAGAUAUUCUGCGGAGAGACAGAUAUCACAUGAUUUGGUUGCUAUUGGCAAAACAAGAGACAACUUUCAUCCAGUAUUUCAACAUCUUAACUCAACUCAGAAUCCUAAAAAGAAACCUACUGAAGAAUUUGCUCAGGAAAUCAUAACAAUAAUUCACAAAGUUAAAGCAAAUAGUUCUGUAACACCUGAUAUUACUCUAAAUGAGCGUUUCUCAAGAAUAAAAAACAAACAGGAUGCAGAUUUCAAUCAAAUGAAAUCAAAUUCAGAUCCAGAAUUUCACAGGCGAAUAGAUAUAUCAUUGGCUGAUCUUCAGAAAAAAUACACUAUGGUAUAUGAACCAGAUAAGACUCUGGUCAAAAUAAUAGAACCAAAUGAUCUACGACAUGACAUUGAGAGGAGGAGAAAAGAGCGAUUACAGAAUGAAGAUGAGAAUAUUUUUCACUUGGCUAGUCCUACAGAGAGGAAUCAUCAGUCUUCCAGCUUUUCAAAGGUGAAGACUAUUCGUGCUGAUGGAUUUCAAAAGCCUCCACAUUUUAUAAAUUCAAAUUUUAGAAAAUUUAUUCAGAAACCUUACAUAAACUAUACUAUGCAGAGAAAAGAUGCAAUUACUCAGAGGAUAUUUAGAGUUGAGGAAAAUCAUCAAAACAGAAGAGGCUCUGAAGGAUCUUUUAAGAACUUUUUGGGUGGCAGAUUCCAGUCACAUUAUAAAUCACACCUGGUACAGAAGAGCUUGUAUAUUCAGGCUAAAUAUCAGCGUUUACGGUUUGCUGGACCAAGAGGAUUUAUUACCAAUAGAUUCAGAAAUAAACUUCUGAGGAAAAAAAAGCCUUGUAACUGUCCAUUGGAGCCUCGUGGGUUCAUGUCAUUUAGCAGACAACUGAAGGUAAUGAUCUCUUCCCCAGAACCCAUCAGUUGCCAGUAGUUCAACUGGGAGGGUGUCUUAGUUACUUUUCUUUUGCUGUGACAAAUUACCAUGACCAAGACAACUUACAGAAGAAAGAAAUUAUUUGGAGCAUACAGUUUCAGAGGGUUAGAGUUCAUAGCCAUCAUGGCAAGGAACAUGAUAGUAAGUAGGCAUCAUGACACUUGGGUAGUAGUACCUAAGGGCUGAUAAUUGUUCCAACAAUGCCAUUACCACCUAAUCCUUCCCAUAUAGUUCCACCAACCUGUGGAAGCAACUUAUAUAGGAACUUGUAGGGGCCAUACUCAUUCAAACCACCACAAAGAGGUAGGGUCCUAUAAGCCGUCCUCUGAUCCAUGAUUGGCUAUUGACAGUCCCUGGUCUUCUGCAGAGCUCAGUGCAAACAGCUGUAGCUGCCGUGAGAUCAUUUUGCCAUGGCUUUAUCUUGUCCUGGAGGUAGCAUUUGCAGCCCUCCUCCCUGUUACCUUGCUCUGGCAUUCUUUCCACACUCUCUUUUCUAGUGUUGCUUAUGCCUUAGAGGGGUUGGCAUAAAUGAAUGUCCUGUUUUUGAAUACUCACCCAUCAUUAAUUUGAAUCAUCUUUUUAUCAUUUUCUGUGCAGAAAAAUGUCUCUGAUCAAAGCCGGGGGUAUCAUCUAUAAGUAUAAGCACAUAUAGACUUCAGUUUAGUACCAUGUUAAUUUUAACUAGACAGUAGUUAAGCCCUGUCCCAGGACUUAGGACCUUCCCAGCCAUAGCUUUUUGACAGGGUUUACAGUACUAGACUUGUAUUCUGGCCUAUGGCGUGGGCUUCAAAUCCAGCCCAGGAGCACUUAUUUUAUCUUAUAACAAUUGUACUCCUAUUGUACCAGUGGACACAUAUUGCCUGGCCAAUUUACAUUGUAGCAUACUGAAUCCAAAGCUGGUAAGACCAUUGAUGCCUUUACUGCCCUCACAGCCAGUAUAGCAGGAUCUGGCACUAUGAAAUCUAGCUAUCAGGGAGAAAAAAACAUUCAGCUCAAUUGCAGCUUGCUUUCUGUAUGUCUGGUAACCAAGGUGUUUAGCAAUAAGAUCUUGUCAUCUAGUUCUGGUAGGCAACCAAGAGGAAUGGUAAUAGCUUGUAUUCUUGUCAGAGUCUCUGAGGCCUCUCUGGCCAACAAUCAGUAAAUUCCAUACCUGGCACUGUGAUUUUUGUUUGAUACGCAGUGACUUCUAGGAGCAGUAUUAUAACGCUAUGCAAAAUACCCUUCCACUGUUAACAUUUUUAAUUGGCUUACAAAGCAAUAGAUUUCCUUUUUUUAUAUAAACUGAACUCUAAUUCUUUUUUCUUAGUGUUAUAUGUGUGUUGAUUUUGUCUCGUUCAGUCUGGCUACUGAUUGUACCUGCGAGCAAUAUUGAGAUAGGCUUUUAUAGUUUUAGACAAAGUCCAGCUCUUGAGUGUAGCAUGAAAUUAGAUACCCUACUAUUAUAUAGCAUGCUCCAUAACAUUUGGGCUCCAUUUUCUUAACCUUUGGUUUGAACUAAGAACUUUAGGCUAUCCUUCUAGCAUGUGGUACUUUGAAACUACAUCCCAUGUGGGAAAAUUGAUUACUGGUCUAUUUUACCUCAGUCUUUAUGCCCUAAAAAGAAUGAAGUCUAGAACCAUUUGUUUCUGUUAAUAUUGACUCCCAUUUUCCUUAAAUUAAAGACGCUUUUGCUUAAAUGGGGCUACUGAGUACAAAGUACCAUUCAUAUCAUUUUGUGUGGUUGUGGGCUUGUGAUAUUGGAGAUAAAACUCUGGGACUUACAUAUGCUGAGCAAGUACUCUACCAUUGAGCCACACCUGCAGCCUGGAAUUACAUCAUUUGAUGUCCCAAGUUUUGGCAUCUGAAGGAACUUCAAAGUUCUGUCCUAGAAAGAUACCUCAAUCUGAGUAACAUCUUGUGCUGGUUUGAAUGAAAGUGACCCCCAUGGGCUUUGAAGUUUCAAAACCCCACACCAGCCAGGCACAAUGUCUUUCUUUCUGUCUGCUGCCUGUUCAUCAGGAUGUAAAGCUCUCAGCUCUCGCUCUAACAUGUCUGUCUGCUUCCCACCCAUGAUGAUAAUGAGCUAACCAUUUAAAACUGUAAGCAAGCCCCAAUUGCUUACUUUUAUGCUUUCUUUUAUAAGAAUUGACUUGGUCUUGGUAUCUCUUUGGAGCAAUAGAACAGUAGUUAAGACAUAUCUCACAUUUUAGCUUUGUGCAGUGUUGGAAAAGCCAUUCUUUUAGCAGUUAGUAGAUUACCACAUGGAUUAGUGAAUUGAUGUGUGAUUAAAUAGGAUAGGUACCAUAAAAUUAGAGCUAGAAUUACUUAUUACCAUAUACCUGGUCUGUGAGGAGUAUUUUUUAAUUAAUUAUGUUAUUUAUUUACAUCCCAAUGUUUCCUCCCUCCCAGUCCAUCCUACCAGAGUUCUUUCCCCCAUCCUACAUCCCUCCAUCCCCCAUCUCUGAGAGAGUGCCCUCCCAUAUUCCCUACCCUGGGGCAUCACAUGUCUACGUGAUUAGGUUCAUCUUCUCCCACUAAUGGCAAACAAGGUAGCCCUCUGCUACAUGUGUGCCAGUGGCCUCGGACCAGUCCAUGUAUGCUCUUUGGUUAAUGGCUCAGUCUUUGGGAUCUUCCAGGAGUCCUUGUUAGUUGACACUGUUGUUCUUCCUAUGAGGUUGCCAUCCCCUUUAGUUCCUUCAAUCCUUCCCCUAGCUCUCCCACAGGGGUCCCUGACCUCUGUCCAAUGCUUGGCUGUUAGUAUCUGCAUCUCUCUCAGCUGAUGGUAGAACAUCCCCACAGACAGACAUGCUAGGCUCCUGUCUAUAAGCACAGCAUAGCAUCAGUAAUAGUGUUGGGGAUUGGUGCCCAACCAUGGGAUGGAUCCCAAGUUGGGACAGUCACUGGUAGGCUAUACCUUCAGUCUCUGCUCCAUUUUUGUCCCUGUAUUUCUUUUAAACAGGAGCAAUAGUGGGUCGAAAGUUUUAUACAUGGGUUGGUGUCCCCAUUCCUCCACUGGGGGUCCUGUCUGACUACUGGAGGUGGUCUCUUCAGGUUCUAUAUCCCCACAGUUGGGCAUUUUGGCUAAGGUCACCUACAUUGAGUCCUGGGAGCUUCCCCCUUCUGAGUUAUCUGGAACUUUCUAGAGGCUUCCCCAACCCUCAUCCCUGGCAGAUGAAUAUUUCCAUUCAUUCUACUGGGACUCUCUCCUAUCUCCCUCCACCAUAAUGUGCUCCUGCCCCUCUUUUCUCCU